UAUUAUUCUAUAAACCAAAUCACACGGCGUCUUCAUGGGUAAUUGGAUCUGAGGUCUUGUCCUGGUUCCUCCGUCACGGCGUCAACACAGCGAACCACACCGGAGUCAACUGCACUACGAGGAGUCGUCGUCCUCGAUCUCGCCCUCCUCCCUCUCCUCCGCGCCCGCCGACGCGGGCCGUGUCUCCGUGUCCUCGGCCAUGCUGCCAACUGCAGCGAUGCGGUCUGGUGUCGGCGCCGACGGAGUUCCCGUCUUCUUCCCUGCAUCGCGAGCGCAGUGCCGGCCUGCCUACGUCGGGGUUGCUCGCCACAUGGCCGACCCGGAGGUGGAGACGCUGCGACCAGGUUCAUUACCAAGCCGCAUCCCUGAACCUCCAUAGCGAGCGCUGUAGAUGCAGUACCGCCGCCGUAUCCCGCCCCCAUGAUCCAAACGCGCAGGCCAGAUCCGCCGCCGCCGGGAGCAGCACAGAGUCGUGGUCGUGCACUACCAUACAGCCUCAAUGCAUCAACCCCGGCCAUCUCUACGUGGGACGACUAUGCCUCGUCAUAGAUGACCUCCAACACCGUCCUGCUGCCCAAAAAGGAACGAAGCAUCCGGCUCUCAGACGACUUCCCCUGCCCCCGCUAAGAUCGCCCCUUUUAAACAGCUGAGCGGCAUCGCUCUUAUGGUCUCCGCCAUCAGCUUCGUGUCUCACCCUUUGGUGACCUCAAAAUCACAUGCGUAGUAUCAGUAUCAUAGUUGUAAUUACCAAUCCAUACAAUUGUUAUUAUUUCGCUGUUAUUUGCAGAUCUAUUAUCUGUGUGAUAAAGUUGGCUGGGUACUUUGGCCACUUUCACUGGAAAUAUCAAAGAUAGAAAGGAGCAUAUAUGGUUUCAUGCCUCUCAUGUUUCGGUACUGUACCUACAAAUUUUUAGAUAUACAUUGGACUAUGACAUAGUAUUAAAGUGCACCACAUUGACUAUAUCAUUGCCUCCAAAUGGUUACUUGAUCUCUGUAUUAUAGUUGAUGGUGUAAUCGAUGUUUCAGCUGGAUGUAUAUCUGUUACAGUCACUGGUUAUGAAAGCUUUUGAUUUGCUUAGUAACUUUUGCUGUAGAUUCUAGGUUUGUUUUGUCAGCUAACAGGACCUUCCAUACAUUAACAAAUAUAUUUUAGCUGAUUGUUACCUACUUGACUUCAUUUGGCCACACCAGCAAGUUACAUAUAUAUGUUGACUCCUGCAUGAAUGACAACAAUGUAUUGGCAUCUACCUGCUGAUCACGAGUUCACGACUGAGAUUCGAGAUGGAUAAGGUAUCCCUUCUUAACACGAAUAUGUGUUGUUUUCCUAAAAGAAAAACUUGACAGUUCAAACAUAGUUUUUAUAUUUACAGUUAUGCAAAUUAUGUUGGGAUCUCCUUAUUCUUAUGCUUUGUUAUUCAGGACACUGCCACUUUAGAUCAUCUUUUAAUUUUCUUUAUCCUGAACAUCUAUUUCAAUGUUGUUUCUCAGCCAUUGGUGUAGGUCAUUCAGAACCCACUCCAACAUUUGGUCGGGUUUGUUAUGUCUUUGCGUCCAUUUAAUUAGCCACUUGAGUUUUUCAAGUUAUCAUGCAUGUAUUACUGGAUAAUUCAUCACACUUUUAAUCUAUUGUAGACUAAGGAGAUUUAUGCUACUACCCCAUAAGUAAUACUUCAAUGGUGAGCUACCUUCUGCAUUGUAGAGUUCUCUUUUUAAGAAUGAAUUGUCGUCGGGCAAACUGAAUAAAAUACUGUAGAGAACCGCGACAGCAAGGGUCUUCUCCUUUGCCAAGAGGUUAUUUCCACUACAGGGCUCCUGGUUCCAUGGCGUUCCUUAAGUCUUUGGUGGGCAUACUAAAAGCUGGCUUUGGAAGUCUCUUGCAAGCUCAAGUGCUCAGUUGUAAGGAACGCAGCCAAAGGAACACCGACACCCGUAAGAAACUGAAGACAAAAGACAUAAUUGGAUCAAAAUCUUAUUUGCAACUAAGUUCUGAGAAGAGAAACUUGGAAACUGGAGAAGAGUCAGAUUGUAUUGCUCUGUGGGAACUCACCCACACGAAGAAUGAAACAUGGUCUAACACAGAGUCCCAGUAUGUUUACGUACCCAUGCGUACUCGUCAACCUCGCAAUCCCAUGAGUUGAUGAAAUGAGCUCUAGAGAGCAAUGAUGAUUUGGGAUCCCGUGGAUUGUCCUUACCACCGCUCCUUUCGCGUAAAGACUUCGCGUAUGUCUCCUACAUGGCCCUCACAUAGUUAUGGCUUAUUGUUCAUUAUGUAUCAUUUGCCCAUAUUGCCAUAUUCACUUUGCAUGCUAUGCUCAUUCCUAUGCCUUUGCCAUGCACUUGUGACCCAUGCUGCAUUACACAUGAUGAUUGAUUCUAAUACUUGUAUGUGUAUUUGCAAGCUUGGUGGAGAUAUUGCUUCUUAUUGCCAUGUUUGCUUUGUGCUCAAUACCUAUGAUAAUACUUUGAUCUCGCUUUGUGUUAGUGCUUUCCAUAUGUCAUGUGCAUUGCCUAUGCCUCUAGUGUGUUGCAUCUUCGCUCCACUGAUUUGCACGACAUGAUUGAUAUGCUUGCUUCGUGUAGUGCAUCACCCAUUAUUCACACUUUCUCAUGUCAUGCGGUUGAUAGCCACUAUUGCCAUGCUUUGCAUAUGAUUGCUAUUGCUUCUUGUCAUAUAUCUCCAUGUGUUGCCUCUCUCAUGCUAAAUAAUUUUUCAUGUAUUGAGUGUAACAAUUAUUCUAGUCUUGGUAAUGAGAUUGCCCCCAUAGCAUUUUCUCUCUUAUAUAUAUAUAUAUGGAGAUUUUGACAUAUUUCUUGUAAAGCAUGCUUGUCUUACUUCUUUGCACCAUAUGCCUAGUGCCAUGAGUAUAGCCAUUGCAUCAUAUUAUUUAUGCACUUUUGCUUCUAAUGGUUAUGUGCAAGAGAAGAGAACCAUCAUGAUGAAUGAUGUGUUUAUCUAUCAUGCGCAUACGCUCUUUGUUUUGUUGUGUGCAUGUGUAGGAUACUUGGACUUCGUGUCGACUUCCACUUCAUGUGAGUUGACAAUUCGAGCUCUUGAGAGCAAACCACCUUCUACCACGACGAGUCUACCUCGCACCUACUUGUACUUCGACAUUGUGAAGGACGCACAAGCACAUGCUUUCGAGGUGAUAUCCUUCUCUUUCGAGAAACACAAAACCAUGAGCAUGGAUAUUGUGGAUCACACUACUUGUGUUACUUUCACUAUGAGACUUAUUAGUCAUCUUGGACUACUUGAUUGCACACAUGUUAGAGAUAGUGCUUUCAUUCAUGAUUUUCACAUUGCUAUGCCUCAUGACAUAUAUGCCUUGUGUGUUGCAUCCAACUUGUUCAUUAUUUGCUCCUAUCAUAUGUUUGGUUGCAACAAUGUCAUUUCUUCACGUACGCCAUGCACCUUUGAUUGUCACAUGAUUGAAUUGAUUGCCUCACACAUGUUGAACAUUUGCUCUUUUCAUUUUGUUGAGUGCCACGAUAUCUUCACUACACCCUAUGAACAUUAUGCUUGGAUUGUCUUGCACUUGCCCCAUGUGUUUAGACACAUCAUUAUAUUUGGUGUUAUGGAUGAUUCUUAUGCCUAUCAUAGACCUUUUGUUGAGCACUUUGCACAUUCUUGCUAUGACCUUGAGGUAGAUACUUGUUCACUCGUCAAACAUAUUUGCAUCUCUACCUCCCAUUUGCAUGCUUGUUUCCAUGAUGUCCUUGAUUGUGCUCAAUUUAUAUGCUUAAAUGCCAUGCCACACUUUGUCAAACCAUAUGCUAUGCUUGAUGACGACACUUGUUGGGUGAAUCACCUCUUGAAUGCUUGAUUUUGCACUAACGCUAACCACAUUUGUUUUUCCAAGUGUUUGUUGUCUUUGCUCCUUUUGAAGGAAUUACAAGACGGUGUGACAUUGAAGAGUGCCCAUUUCAAGCUACAAGAUGAUGAUUGCUUGGUGAUCAUCAACUUCUACACGGCAACAUCAUCUCUUUCUGUAGCGACCCGACCUCAAACGGUCAAGCCUCUGUGUAUCUGUGCCAUCUAUGGAUCAGUAUGCUGGCACACACAGUACAUCAAUGUAUAUAUCAAAAUGCAAUCACAUAUAUAAAUAACGUAAAGCUGAUAUAUACCUCAUAAGUCUUAGCGGAAA